AACCACUUGGGAUACCCUACUACCAGCUACCCUGUUCGCUUAUCGUACUCUUAAAAACUAUACUGCCAAGUAUGAUCUCUUUCAUCUUAUGUAUAGAUAUCAAGCGACAGUGCCUCUUGAUCUACAAUUACAAGAAAAGAAAAAAACUCCAGAUAUAACGUUAGAUUAG